UUACUCUUGUCCCUGACAUGAUCAUGGAUAAAACAAAUAUUUCGCUGAUUGAUAAUGAUCAAUGAUUAAACUGUGUAUAUAAUCAUAAAUAACAAAGUGAUUGGAAGUGAUUCAUUUAAAGCAGAUGGAUAUGAAAGAUGAAUGAGUCAAUGGCCGUUUCUCUGCUAAUCAGCUAAUGCUAUUUGAUCAAUUAUUUAAUUAUUGAACAUCUUUAUUGGGUCAACUCUAGUAAAUCUAUUCUAAUAUUUACUCACCAAUGGGCUUUUUUGCAACCUAAUCUUCACAUCACCAGCCAACAUCUUCAACUGUAUCAGGCUCAUUACUUUCUCUCUCAUCAUCUUUGGUUAUCAUCUUUUAUCAUCAACAUCAUUUUUUCCUCUUCAUUUCUUGUUGGUUUUUCAAUGAUGUUUUCAAUUUAAGUUAUGUUGCUGUGUUAACGUCAAAAUUGUUUGCCUUUUCUUCAAUUCCUUUUGUUUUAACCGUUUGUGAUCUACUCCUAUUUAAAUGACUAAUUGCCAAUUUUUUCUUGUGCCAUUGCAAACAACUCUACAAACAUCGUUAAUAAGACCAGUUUAUUUUAGUUGCCAUUGACAAUCAUUGACGGUCUCAACAUUAUCAACGCCACAAUUCAGUUAAUUUAUUCAUUUGUUAUAAAGCCAAUUGAUGCCAAAUCGAACCAAUUGCAAUUCAACUUUAAAGAUAUUAGACAAUCUUGGAAUAUUUAUUUGUUACCUGACUCUUUGAAUUUACUACUCGAUCUUUUUUAAUCGUAACCAAAUCAAGAUGAAUCAAAUUAUAGUCAUGUUACUCAAGAUUCUUUUGCUCAAUUUAAGCUGGUUAAUCAACUGUCAUCCAGCUCCAUCAAUGGUUCUUUGCCAUGGAUUACAAUUAAAUGUAAAAUACUAUUAUGAUUAUUGGACAAUGCUGAUGCUAAACAACGAUGAUCACACUGGUAAAGAGCCAGUUUCUUUUGGUUACAAGGGAACUUUUCUGGUUGAAAAUGUUUGGCAAGAUAAAACAAAUUAUGUGAUUAAAGUUGAUUUUACUCCAAGUUCAACGGGCCAUUAUCUUGAUCAUGACGGUAAACCAGUUCGUGGACCCGGUUAUGGAUCAACAAACUACCACUCAUAUCCAUUAUUUGCUCAUAUAGUUGAUUCAAAUGACAUGCAAAUUGUUAAAUCAUUUUACCGCCACAACAAAGAAUCUAUUACUUCUGUUAAUCUUAAGAAAGCCAUAGUAUCAUUAUUACGAACUAAAAAGACAAAUUAUAGUAAAGACGUAACCUGGAAUAAAAAAGGUCAAGAUAUUGAACAAUCUUAUUCAUCAAAGACGGAUAAAAUAGAGCCCAUCAUGAGUCCACUUAUAAUUGACGAAUGGUCAAUAUCAACAAAUCUUGGAAGAGAUCAUACUCUUGUUACGGAAAGUGUUGGUUGGCAAAAUGUUUCAUUGAUUUCUCGCAUCUACAACACUGCAUACUCAAAAUUACACUCAAGGUUCACAUUGAAACUGAAUCGCGAAGAGAAAGGAGCAAAAUCAAAAUUAAGUUCAGUACCGGCCAUCAGCAGUGUUUUUGAAUCACUGGGUGAAGAUUACAUCGAGGAUCACUUAUUAUAUCAAAGGGAACAACAAACUUGUCAUAAUUGUGCGACAUUGAAGACUUUGGAAAAGGAUUAUGAAGAGCACAUGAGUGACACUGAAAUGGCAUCGAUUCCAGCGUCUAUAGCUUACCUAAAACUUGUGGAUCGGGUUAGAUCUGGAGGUCCUGGUACUAGUAAACAAGACAUCAUUAAUUUAUUACAACAAAGGAAGCAAAAAAAGGAUGUUUUAUCUUCCUUAUUGGAUAUCAUGGCUGGUACUCGAACUGACCAAUCGUUGUCUGCAUCCUUUGAAUUCCUUGAUCUACCUCGCAAUGAAGAUUUGGACAUUUGUGAAAGAUUUUUAUCAUCUCUUUCUGUUUCUUGUUUGACUGCUACGCAAUCAUCUAGUGAUUUGUCUUUAUCUAGUCUUCAAUUCAUUAUAAGCAGUCUCAAAGAAAUUGUUCAUGUUCCAAAUUGGAGAUCUAACAAGCUAAAAUGGUCAACUAUUAUGACUCUUGGAACCGCUUUAAGAGCGUAUAAUACUCUUCAAAUCAACUCAUACGUAGAUAAUCAUAAUCGUGAUAUAAUUCAGUUAAUUACAACGGAAUUGGAUAACUGUGAUGAUACCGAAUGUCGGGUUUCUUUACUACAUGCUUUUGGAAACGCAGGAAAUCUGAAAUUAUCUUUAAAAGUUCUUAGUGGCCAUGCAAUCAAUUUAAAAGCAAGACAAGAAUCAGUUGCUGCUUUAAAAUCAAUCAAGGAAUGUCUCGAUCACUUAUUUGACAAGUGUAACAGCAACAUAAUCCAUGACAACGAGUCUACUUGUAUCAAACACUAUUUAACCGAAGAUGAACUUAAAAAGCUCAUAACACUGAUUUCUCUUGUAAUCUGGAAUGAAAAACUCGAAUCAACUUCUCGAAUAAUUGCUACAGAAAUAGCUACUCAUUACAUUCAAGAUGAUUCACUAGUCAAUUCUAUUUUAAAAGAGGUAGAACAUUUUGACAACUUUGAAAUGUCUACUCUCAUGUGGAAUAGAGCAUUGAGACACCGUCGAUCAACUGGAAAUGAAACAUCAAAACCUGCCAAUUGGCUUCUCCAUUCAAAUCGAUUCAACGGAUCCAGUGCUUCAUUUCAUAAAGUAAUGGGAGGAACUGGUACAAUGAAUGCUUCCUAUGGAAUCACCAUGGAAUUGCUGAGCAAGGCAAGACUUUUGAAAGAAAGUGCAUUUUCUUUUGAACUCCAGAGCAAUACAAGUAAACCUCAACACAUUUUAACAGUCGGUCUAAUUGCCAGAGGUUUGGGUAGUUUGGCUGGAGAUGAUGGGUCAAGUAGUGAAGAAGAAACCACAUCUGCUGGGAUGAUUUUGAAAGUUCUUGGUGUUCAACUUCGACCUUAUACCUUUUUCAGUGGUAAAGGAGAGCUAAUGGGUCAUGUCUGGUCUGGUACUGCUAGUGAUCCGAUAACUGCCUUUUCUGGUAAUCUGUUAGUCUCAGAUCACCAACAUGGAUAUAAUUUAAUCAAUGGGUUCGUCCUGGAGCAACAAGUUAGAGGAGUUCUUUCCCUUGAAUUGACUGGAGAAAUUCAAAUAUCUCUUUGGAACCGCAAUUCUCAUUCCAUAGUUAAAGCAAAAGGAUCUUUGCUUGUCCAAGGAUCUCAAGCUGUUUUGACGAGUGACAUAACAACGAAAAUUUCACAAAAAUUUGCAUUUGGAGGUUCAUCAUCAAUGGAUUUGGUUACUGAUGCUGAAUUUUAUAACUUGCCUUUCAAACAUUGCCUACAAAUGCAUCAACCUGAGUUGAUAUUUCGACACAACACAAGAAAGUACGAACAAAUUGACUCGGAUAAAGUCAAUGCUAGGAUACAUCGUCGUAAUUAUUACAUUCCUGCCAAAUCAUUCGCUUUUCACCGGGAUAACAAUGAAAUGUGUGCUUUAAUGAACAGUUGAUUAGGACAAACUAGGAUUAGAAAAUUACAUUUCUCUAUUUAUUGGAAGCAAUCAUCACACAAAUGGGACCAAUCGAUAUUAGCAAUAGAGUCAUGAUUCCAGAAUCUUCAAAUGGAAAGAAGCUUCUUGAAUUGUGUUUUUACAAAUCUUUUUUUUCACGGUCAGAUCAAUUGUUUCUGAUUUGUAGAGUUUUGUGACAUUUUUAAAUUGUGCAAAUAAUUUAGGCAUUUUACGUAACAUCAAAUUGUUUCAUAGUUUUAAGUAUUCACUGUUUUCAUACUAUUGAAUAUACUCUAUUUUUUAUUCACAAUCUCAUGUAUAAAACUCAUCUUUAAUUGAAAGUUAACCAAAUUUAGCAGCAUUUUA